AGCGGGGAGCUCCUUGGGCAUCUCGGGUGUUUCCAAGCGCUUCCCUGAAGGGUGUCGCUAGGGAGGGGUUCUAGUGGUCCCCAUUUUCUCUGCAGUGCAUUGAGGGGAGUCUCAGAAGAAGAUGGAUCGUUGUGCAGUAGGGUUUGUCUUCCCACGGGAGCACUGCUGUUGCUGGGAGUUGCAGCCUUGUCCAGAGACUUGGCAACAGAUCGGUGAAAGCUUGACCCAGUUACAGAGCACGAGGGUCAGCAGUCCCCACCACCGGGAGGUCAGCUCUGCUGAGGCCCCUUGUGUCUGUCCUGGCUGCUGACGCUGGUCGGUUGAAUGACUGAAUGACAAUGUCAGACGGCAAGGCUGUGCUUUGUGGGCGCUGCUGGAAUGUUGGGGAAGAGCCCUGAGGCCGGCAGUGGUGCGCCCGCUCUGCUCCUGGCCCCGUGUGAUGGCUCCAAGCCUCUGCUGUGGCCGGUCUCCUCUGUAACAUGGGGACAUUAUGAGGACCUGCCCAGAGAGGGACACAGGGAGGGUCCAGCGAGCGUGAGCUGCUGUUCUUCGGUCAGGCAAGUUCUGCCUUGAGUUGAGCCAGAAGGCUCCUCCGACGUGGCCACCUGUGGCUGCCGCAGGACAUCUGGGAGGUCGGAUCUGUCUCCUGUGGGAGGGCCCUUCAGGGCUCUUCUUUCUUCACUCGCGGCUUCUGGAAGCUUGCGGAGCAGGUCCCCGGCCAAGCCAGGCUUGGAACUGGGCACCUUGCGUCGGGAAAGGCGUUGGUUCUGGGUUUUCCUUCUGUUCCUGUGGCAGCCUGCAGACGGGGGUCUGGCUGGUGGCUGUUCUCUCUGUUCCAGUGCUUGUUGACCGUGGAGUGACCUCUGGCUUGGGGGCCAGGCAGACCCUCUGCGGGAGCAGCCCCGGGGGGAGGACACUCAUUUCCCACUUACGCUUCUCUGGAAGCAGGACUUGACGUGGAGGGAAGGUUAGCAGGGGACACGCUCCGGAAGCCUCGCCUUCAGAAGUCUCUCACGUGGUACCUGGACGAUUUGUUCUUCACGAUGUAUCCCUCCCUGGAGAAGUUUGAGGAGGAGCUUCUGGAACUUGUGAUCAGCGAUCACUUCCGGGAGGCGGGCAGCCCGCUGGACAGUGGUGCCCUGGAGAUCUUGGAGCGGCGCCUGUGCGUGGGUGUGCACAACGGGCUGGGCUUCGUGCAGAGGCCACAGGUGGUGGUGCUGGUGCCUGAGCUGGAGGCGGCCUUGACGCCCUCUGCCAGCUUCCGCCGGAGGGUUGGCGCCUCUUCGAAGGCCAGAUCUGGAAACCACACUCUGGUCUCGAGAAGCCGCCUCCAGCUCCCUGAGAUGGUCUGUCAGCCCGCGUUCACCAUCGUCUUUCAGCUGGAGUACGUGUUUAACAGCCCUUCGGGAGCGGACGGCAACGCAGCUGCGGUCACCUCCCUGUCGAACCUGGCGUGUAUGCACAUGGUGCGCUGGGCUGUCUGGAACCCCGUGCUGGAAGCCAGCUCCGGGCGGGUGACGCUACCUCUACAGGGUGGGAUCCAGCCCAACCCCUCGCACUGUCUGGUCUAUAAGGUACCCCCAGCCAGCAUGAGCUCCGAAGAGGUGAAGCAGGUGGAGUCGGGGACAGUCCAGUUCCAGUACUCACUGAGCCCUGAAGGACACCUGGACACGCCCGUGGAGCACACCAUUCGCCCCAAGGCAGAGCAGCGGCCUUCCAGGAAGCCACCCACCUCCCCUUCAAGCCUGCCAGCACCACCGCCCCGGGGACUCACCACCCCCCAGGACUCGCCAGUGGGACCAGGGCUGUCGCUUUCCCAGCUGGCGGCUUCCCCACAGUCUCCAGCUCAGCGCCGCUCGGCUGAAGCCUCCUCAAAGCCACCGGGGAGCCCCACGCUCUCCCUGGCCCCGGGGGAGUUCCCCUUGGAGGGCAGGAUCUCUCACCUGGAAGCUGACCUGAGCCAAACGGCCUUGGUCCCGGGCACCUCCACUGCUGAGCAGUUGCAGGAGCUGCCGUUCACACCUGUGCACGCCCCAAUCAUCGUGGGAGCCCGGACCAGGAGCUCUGGAGGGAAGCCGUCACGAGCCUCCCUAGCGCUGCUGCGGUCCGCCGGCUUUCCCGAGAUUCUGGACGCCAACAAGCAACCCGCCGAGGCCGUGGAUCCUACAGAUCCCGUGAAGUUCAACCCUCAGAAGGAAGAAUCAGACUGUCUGCAAGGCAACGAGAUAGUGCUACAGUUUCUUGCCUUUAGCAGGGUGUCCCAGGACGACCAGGCAGCGCCGUGGCCACAGACUGUGUAUUUCACCUUCCAGUUCUACCGCUUCCCCCCCGAGACAACGCCGCGGCUGCAGCUGGUUGAGCUGGACGAGGCCGGGAAGAGCAGCUCGGCCUCCCUGCCCCACCUCCUCGUCCUGAUUCACAAGGACGGCUCCUUUGAUGCGGGGUCUCCGGGCUUUCAGCUGAAGUACCUGGUGGGCCCUGGAUUCCUGAGACCCGGGGAGCAGCGCUGGUUCGCCCGCUACCUGGCCAUGCAGACCCUGCAGAUCGACAUCUGGGACGGAGACUCCCUGCUUCUCGUCGGAUCCGCCGCCGUUCAGAUGAAGCACCUCCUCCGCCAAGGGCGCCCAGCCGUUCAGGUCUCGCAUGAGCUUGAGGUCGUGGCGACAGAGCACGAACAGGACACCAUGGUGGUGAGUGGAGACGUGACUAGGUUUGGCUGCGUCAAGCCCAUCAACGUCCACACGGUGGUGAAGGGCCGGCUGCACCUGACCUUGGCUAACGUGGGUCACUUGUGUGAACGGAGAGUGGGGAGUCCCAGCUCACUGCCACCUUCCAGGUCACGGGUCAUCUCGAAUGACGGAGCCACCGGCUUCUCGGGAGGUGGCCUUCUCACGCACGGGGCUCCCAGACCAGUGAAAAAUGUGGUCCAAGCGCAGAAGCUGGCCGACGUGGACAGUGAGCUGGCCGCCCUGCUCUUCACGCCCCCGUGGCAGGGGACGCGGUGGCCCCAGGGCGCCGGCCGUGAGGGGGACGCCGUGCGCAGGCGCAAGCUGGAGCGCAUGAGGGCUGUGCGCCUGCGGGAGCGCGGAGCGGAGCCUGGCCGCUGCGGACCCGGCGCGCUGGCCCAGCAGAGCAUCCGUGCCCAGCACACUCGGGACCUGCAGCUCAUCGCCGCCUACCGGGAGCGCACCAAGGCCGAGAGCAUUGCCAGCGCGCUGAGCAUGGCCAUCACCACGCGGCACACCAUCCGUGCCACGCUGGGCGCCGCCGAGUUCUUCGAAUUCGCUCUCAGGAACCCCGACAACACGCAGCACACCGUGACCAUCUCGAUCGACAGCGCUGAGCUCAGCCUCAUCCUGGACGGUCAGGAGUGGCGGUACUUCAAAGAGCUGUUCGGCCUGCACACGCCCCUGGAGGAGGACAUGUUCCACCCGCGGGGCAGCCUGGCCCCCCAGCUCUUCCUACGCCCCCGGGAGAUGGUCCACAUCCCCUUCAAGUUCCAGACCUUCUCUGCGGGUCCGCGGGCCUCGGCGCAGGCCUCUGCUGAGCUGAGACUCGAGAAGGACACGGACGCUGGGUCAUCUCGUAAGUCCAGCACGAUGCCCACGAAACACGCCAAGGUCCUGUUCUGCGCAGGCAACGGCAAGCCCCUCGCUGUGCUCUGCCUGACCGUGGAGCUGCAGCCGCACGUGGUGGACCAGGUCUUCCGCUUCUACCACCCAGAGCUCACCUUCCUGAAGAAGGCCAUCCGCCUGCUGCCCUGGCACACGCUUCCAGGUGCUCCCGUGGGGAUGCCCGGUGAGGACCCCCCGGUCUACGUACGAUGUAGUGACCCGAAUGUCAUUUGCGAGACCCAGAACAUGGGCCCCAGGGAGCCACAAGACGUGUUCCUGAAGGUGGCCAGUGGUCCCAGCCCGGAGAUCAAAGACUUCUUUGUCACCAUUUACGCGGACCGCUGGCUGGCGACGCCCGUCCAGACUUGGCAGGUCCACCUCCACUCCCUGCAGCGCGUGGAUGUCUCCUGUGUCACAGGCCAGCGGACCCGCCUGGCCCUUGUCCUUCGGGGGAUGCAGACAGUUAGGAAAGUGAAGGCUUUCAGCUCCCACCCCCAGGAGCUGACGACGGACCCCAAAGGCGUCUUCGUGCUGCCCCCUCACGGGGUGCAGGACCUGCACGUGGGCGUGAGGCCCCGCAGGGCGGGCAGCCGCUUCGUGCACCUCAACCUGGUCGACGUGGACGCCCACCAGCUGGUGGCCUCGUGGCUCGUGUGCCUCUCCUGCCGCCCACCCCUCAUCUCCAAGGUCUGCCGUGAGACGCGCGUGGGCCACGCGGUUCGGGUGGUGUGUCCUGUGACCCGGCCUGCCCAGAUCCGGGCCGACGUUUCCUCCUCCCGGCCCCUCUGGCUGGGGGCCUGGGGGGUGGGUGUUUCCUCCUGUACCGUGAGCCCCUCGACCGGGAACUCGGGGGGCUUGUCUGCCGUAUUUACUCAGCGUCUGGGGCUCAGGAGCGCAGGGCAGGCUUGGGAAGAAGUGGCUGGAGAAGGAUCCCGGGGCCAACUCCUGCCCUCCCCACAGGCCUUUGAGAUCACGCUGCCUGCGGGGGCCGGGAAGGGCGCCAACAAGCGCAUCACCUAUACCAACCCCUACCCCUCCCCGAGGGCCUACCGCCUGCACAGCGACCAUCCCCGCCUGCUGCAGUUCAAGGAGGACGCCUUCCAGGUCGGGGGAGGCGAGACCUACACCAUCGGCCUGCGGUUUGCGUCCCGUCAGAAGGCCGGGGAGGAGGAGAUUCUGAUUUACAUCAAUGACCACGAAGACAAAAACGAGGAGACGUUUUGCGUGAAGGUCAUCUACCAGUAAAGGAGCGGCGGGGGCCGUCCUGCCGCUGUUCGGGGUCAGGCUCCUGUCCCAGAACUCGGCACCGUGGACUGGGCUGAGGGAGGUGGGGGUCGCCGCGCCCCUAGCCGUUUGCGAUGCUCCCCCCCAGUCAGGCUGCUGCCAGUACCGACCGCGUAGCAGCCCCACUGGAGUCCUGACCGUGAGCGUGCGCGCCCAGUGAACCCGGGGCCCGUUUCUCUCUGCGGCACACGGGGGAUUGUCGCCAUCUGUGACGUUAGGAUUUACUGUCAGCAAAAUGUAUUUUCUGAGUCAUUUUAAAUGAUAAAAUUAUGUUUUUAAACUGAGUUUUAUACAAACACUAUUAUUUGCUAUGUAAUGUUUUUUAUGCUGGUAUUAUUUCACAUCUUUUAAAAACGUUGUACGAAAUACUAAAUUU